UAUAAUGAAUAUGGCGCCAAUUUCUAAGGUUAUGUUCAAGUUACACCACACAGCUGUAUUACGCUAAUAAUUAAGUAAGAAGUAAUUAAUCAUUAACAGUGAAUGACACAGACGUAGAAGAAAAUGAGUUUGAUGACAUAUUGAUAUGAUUGAUAUCAUGAACUAAAAAUAUUCCAGAAAUAGGAGACAAGAUGGAAUCCAAUAAUUCAUAUCAAGAAGACAGUGAUGACGCAGAUAGCUGUGCUAGUCUUACGUCAUCAAUUCCGAUAGUGAAUAAGUUGUUCAACGUGCAUUACAAAGUUGGAAAAGGUGCGUUUAGCUCUGUCUUUCUAGCUACUCUAAAGUCUUCCGACGGACGUAAGAAAUUUGCGUUGAAACAAUUAAUUCCUACCUGCCAUCCCGAUAGAAUCAGACGCGAAUUGCAGUAUUUGCAACAGAUAGGAGGAAAAGAUUACAUCGUUGAAUUAGAAUUGUGUUUGAGGCAUCGUAGUUCAGUAGUAUUUGUAAUGCCAUACAUGAGGCAUGAUAGGUUCGCGGUAAGUUUGCAAUUUACAUUCAAGUCUUUAUUUUGUAAAAUCAAAAAUACUCACAGUAAUAAUUACGACAAGGAAUACGUCCAAGAUAUGACUGUUGACGAAACAAAGGAUUAUAUGAGAGCACUAUUAAUUGCUUUAAAAAGAGUUCAUAAAUUUCAUAUCAUACACAGGGAUGUAAAGCCUAGUAACUUUCUUUAUGAUCGUAAAAAUAAAAGAUAUUUGUUAGUGGAUUUUGGUCUUGCGCAAGAAUAUUAUGUGGAGAAAAAUAUGAGAACAAGCGGAGAAAGUAUUGAAGCACAUGGGACAAAGCGGAAGAGAUCGAAUGAAAAUAACGUAAGCCUCCAAUCUGAUGCUGUUAAGAGAAACGUGAAUAAUAAAUGCAACUGUUUUGGAAAACCUAAAGUGUGCGUAAUGUGUUUAAAAGAACCGCAACAGCAGGCACCUCGUGCGGGCACGCCUGGGUUUCGUGCUCCAGAGGUUUUACUAAAAUAUGUUAUGCAAACAUCAGCGAUUGAUAUCUGGGCUUGUGGUGUGAUAAUGCUAUGCAUACUUAGUGGUUCACAAUCGUUUUUUCGUUCACCUGAUGACUGUACAGCUUUAGCAGAAAUUACAACGAUAUUUGGUUCUAAACAAGUACAAAAGUGUGCACAAAAAUUAGGCAAAAAGGUUAUCUUUAGUGAAAAUUUGCCAGGCGUGGAUAUUAAAUCUUUGUGCAUAAAGUUAAAACAAAGAAACAAAAGUAUGAUAUAUGAUAUACAAAAUAGUAUACAUAAGGUACCGCCAGAUAUCGAAUAUCCAAAGGAGGCGUAUCAUCUUUUGAUGAAACUUUUAGAUUUAGAUUUCAGAACACGUAUUACCGCAGAGCAAGCAUUGGCUCAUCCAUUUUUAAAUUUAUGAUAUUGAUGCAUAUUUCAAAUAUGUUAAUGCAUGCGUUUUUAAAUAUUUGAAACAUUUUUUUAAAUUGUUAUGAUUUCGUUAAAAUUACAGUUUUAGUUUAUUACAUUUGUUGUUUGUAAAUUGUAGUUUUCUAUUAAAAUAAAUUUUCGGACUAAAUAAAAUUGUU